GCGGCGGGAACGUCGCGACUGCCACAGGAAUGGACGAUUUUUUGGCUUCGAAGCGGAUUAAAAACCUCCUCUCCUCCCAUGGUCGCGCCCUGCUCGCUUCCUCGGAGAGUGCCCGCCCGGAGCCAGCCCCAGCAAGGAACCACGAAAGUUCU